CAGCAUGUCUGGAGCGAGUGUCUCAGAUGUCAACGACCGCCUGUCGGCCCUGGAGCUACGUGUCCAGCAGCAGGAGGACGAGCUGACGGUAAUGAAAGCGGCGCUCGCCGAUGUCCUUCGCCGCCUCGCUGCCUCCGAGGUCUCCGCCGCGUCCUCGGCCAAGAAACAACAUGGAGGGAAGGGCGGCGCUGCGCUGCGUGAAGCAUACUCAAUGUCCUGUAUUGCUAACGGAGGAACGUCUGGACGCAAGAGAGACUCCACCUCCGUCACCAGGAAGGAGACAGUGUCGUCCGCUGCCAAGAGGUAAUGUGCACACACACACACACACAGUCAGACUCGGGGAAGAGCGCACACAGGUUCUUCGUGUUACGUGUUCGUGUGCUGCAGCGCUGCGGCUGCUGUGAUUUGUCACCUGACAGACUGAUAGUC